AGCUCCCGAGCGGGGCCGGUUUGGGGGGACGCGGGGCUCGGCGAGGCCCGGCUCCGGCCCCCUGAAUUGGGGGGUCCGCGUCUGCCCCAAACGCCGCUUUCUUCCGUUUUCCAUGUCAUUUCCUGUACUAAUAAGAUGGUGGUCAAAGCAGGGGAGGAGAGCAGCAGCGAGUCGCCGCCGCGCCGCCGCGGGCGCUGAAACUUUGCGGGGCCGGGGACCCCACGCGCGGCCGCCCCGUCCCGCGGCGCCCCGCAGAGCCCGGGGCCGCACCACGCACGCGCGGCCGCCGCGGGAGCCCGGAGAGGACAGAAUGACUGAGAACAUGAAGGAGUGUCUGGCCCACACCAAGGCGACUGUAGGGGACAUGGUGACAGUAGUGAAGACAGAGGUCUGCUCACCACUCCAGGACCAGGAGUAUGGCCAGCCCUGCUCUAGGAGACCAGAGCCCUCAUCCAUGGAAGUUGAACCCAAGAAACUGAAGGGAAAGCGUGACUUUAUCGUGACCAAAAACUUCCAGCAAGUGGACUUCUGGUUCUGCGAGUCCUGCCAGGAGUACUUUGUGGACGAAUGCCCAAACCACGGUCCCCCUGUGUUUGUGUCUGACACGCCAGUGCCCGUGGGCAUCCCAGAUCGGGCAGCCCUCACCAUCCCACAGGGCAUGGAGGUGGUAAAGGAAGCCAGCGGAGAGAGUGAUGUGCGGUGCAUAAAUGAGGUUGUCCCCAAGGGCCACAUCUUUGGCCCCUAUGAGGGGCAGAUCUCCACCCAGGACAAGUCAGCUGGCUUCUUCUCAUGGCUGAUUGUGGACAAGAACAACCAUUACAAGUCCAUAGACGGGUCGGAUGAGACUAAGGCCAACUGGAUGAGGUAUGUAGUCAUCUCUCGGGAAGAGAGGGAGCAAAACCUCCUGGCAUUCCAGCACAGCGAGCGCAUCUACUUCCGGGCAUGCAGGGAUAUCCGACCUGGGGAGCGGCUGAGAGUCUGGUAUAGCGAGGACUACAUGAAGCGCCUGCACAGCAUGUCCCAAGAAACCAUCCACCAAAACCUGGCCCGAGGUGGAGGAGAGAAGCGGUUCCCGAGGGAGAAGGCGGAGCAGGUUCUGGAUAACCCUGAAGACCUAAGGGGUUCCACUCAGUUCCCCGUGUUGAGACAGGGCAGAAGUCCCUACAAGCGCAGCUUUGAUGAGGGGGAUAUGCACCCUCAGGCAAAGAAGAAGAAAAUCGACCUCAUCUUCAAGGAUGUGCUGGAGGCUUCACUGGAGUCCGCCAAUGUGGAAACCCGCCAGCUGGCCGUGAGCACCUCAUUGGUCAUCCGGAAGGUCCCCAAGUACCAGGAUGAUGCCUAUGGUCGGAGCUCAGCUGUCAUGACCCAUGGUCUGCAGAACGUCUGCCGGACCCAGGGAGAAGGGGACUGGAAGAUUCCCCAAGGGGUGGCCAAGGAGCUAGGCCCAUUGGAGGAUGAGGAGGAGGAGCCUACAUCUUUCAAGGCUGACAGUCCUGCUGAGGCCUCCCUUGCAUCAGACCCCCAUGAGCUGCCCACCACCUCCUUUUGCCCUAACUGUAUUCGCCUGAAGAAGAAGGUUCGAGAACUUCAGGCAGAACUGGAUAUGCUCAAGUCUGCAAAACUGCCCGAACCCUCUGUUCUGCCACCGCAGGUACUGGAGCUCCCCGAGUUCUCAGAUCCUGCAGCCUCAGAGAGUAUGGUCUCAGGUCCUGCCAUCCUGGAGGACGACGACCAGGAAGUGGAUUCUGCAGAUGAAUCUGUCUCCAACGACAUGAUGACUGCAACAGAUGAACCCUCCAAGAUGUCCUGUGCCACUGGGCGCCGCAUCCGGCGCUUCAAGCAGGAGUGGCUGAAGAAGUUCUGGUUCCUGCGGUAUUCCCCUACCCUCAAUGAGAUGUGGUGCCAUGUGUGCCGCCAGUACACGGUGCAGUCCUCGCGCACCUCUGCCUUCAUCAUCGGCUCCAAACAGUUUAAGAUCCACACCAUCAAGCUUCACAGCCAGAGCAACCUACACAAGAAGUGCCUGCAGCUGUACAAGCUGCGCAUGCACCCCGAGAAGACAGAGGAGAUGUGCCGCAACAUGACCCUACUCUUUAACACUGCCUACCACCUGGCGCUUGAGGGCAGGCCUUAUCUGGACUUCCGGCCCCUGGCAGAACUGCUUCGUAAGUGUGAGCUCAAGGUGGUAGACCAGUACAUGAACGAAGGGGACUGCCAGAUCCUCAUCCAUCACAUUGCCCGGGCACUGCGAGAAGACCUGGUGGAGCGCAUCCGUCAGUCACCUUGCCUCAGCAUUAUCUUGGAUGGGCAGAGCGAUGACCUGCUAGCUGACACUGUGGCCGUCUAUGUGCAGUACACUAGCAGUGAUGGGCCCCCAGCCACUGAAUUCCUGUCCCUGCAGGAGCUGGGCUUCUCUAGCACAGAGAGCUAUCUCCAGGCCCUUGACCGGGCCUUUGCCGCCCUGGGCAUCCAUUUGCAGGGUGAGAAGCCAACUGUUGGCCUGGGAGUAGACGGAGCCAACAUCACUGCCAGCUUGCGUGCCAGCAUGUUCAUGACUAUCCGAAAGACGCUGCCCUGGCUGCUGUGCCUGCCCUUCAUGGUACACCGACCCCACCUGGAGAUCCUGGAUGCUAUCAGUGGGAAGGAGCUUCCCUGCCUGGAGGAGCUGGAGAACAACUUGAAACAGCUACUCAGUUUUUACCGCUACUCCCCACGUCUCAUGUGCGAGCUGCGCUCCACAGCCUCCACAUUGUGUGAGGAGACAGAAUUCCUGGGGGACAUCCGGGCUGUGAAGUGGAUCAUCGGAGAGCAGAAUGUCCUCAACGCCCUCAUCAAGGACUACUUGGAAGUGGUGGCCCACCUCAAAGAUGUCAGCAGCCAGACGCAGCGGGCAGACGCCUCAGCCAUUGCCCUAGCCCUGCUGCAGUUUCUCAUGGACUAUCAGUCCAUCAAACUCAUCUACUUUCUGCUGGACGUGACUGCUGUGCUCUCUCGCCUGGCCUACAUCUUCCAAGGAGAGUACCUCCUGGUGUCACAGGUGGAUGAUAAAAUCGAGGAGGCCAUCCAGGAGAUCAGCCGGCUGGCUGACUCACCAGGAGAAUACCUACAGGAAUUUGAGGAGAACUUCCGAGAGAGCUUCAAUGGGAUCGCCAUGAAGAACCUCAGGGUGGCCGAGGCCAAGUUCCAGUCUAUCAGGGAGAAGAUCUGCCAGAAGACCCAAGUCAUCCUGGCGCAGAGGUUCGACUCCCGAAGCCGGAACUUUGUGAAGGCUUGCCAGGUGUUUGACCUGGCUGCCUGGCCCAGGAGCAGUGAGGAGCUCGUGAGCUUUGGUCAGGAGGACUUGAUUCAGAUCUUUGACCACCUAGAGGCCAUCCCCACCUUCUCCAGGGAUGUGUGCCGGGAAGGGCUGGAUCCCCGGGGAAACCUGCUGAUGGAGUGGCGAGACCUCAAAGCUGACUACUAUACCAAAAAUGGCUUUAAAGACCUCAUCAGCCAUGUGUGCAAGUACAAACAGAGGUUUCCAUUCUUGAGUAAGAUCAUCCAGGUCCUUAAAGUCCUACCCACCUCCACCGCCUGCUGCGAGAAAGGCCGCAGUGCCCUCCAGAGGGUCCGCAAAAACCACCGAUCCCGCCUGACCUUGGAGCAGCUCAGCGACCUGUUGACAAUCUCCGUGAAUGGACCACCCAUUGCCAACUUCGAUGCCAAGCGAGCUCUGGACAGCUGGUUUGAGGAGAAGUCUGGCAACAGUUAUACACUGUCCGCCGAGGUCCUCAGCAGGAUGUCGGCCCUGGAACAAAAGCCUGUGCUGCAGGCUGUGGACCAUGGCUCUGAGUUCUACCCAGACAUGUAGGGAGCCCACACCACAGAGUUCACUAAGCCGGUGAAUAUUUUUUUAAUCUAUACUCAUAAGCUUUGAUAUAUUCUAUAAAUAUAUAUUAGAUUAUAUUAUAUAUAUAUAUAUAUAUAAACCUACACUGAAAAUUUUUUUAAAAACUAAGGCAGCGCAUCCACCGGAAGCUACUGGCAGCUUUCAGAAAAGGAGCAAUGUCGGCAACGGACUCUUGUCCACACUUGGCAGCUGCACCCUACAUGGCAACUCAUCUUCACUCCCAGGAGCAUGUGCUAGGGCCACACGUGUUCCUCCUAACAGUCAACCAACAGCAUAAGCUAGAAUGGCGGGUCUCUUCAUCACUUUUAGGUAGCUUGUUUUGUUUGUGUCCUCAUGUAGGGGUCAAGGGGCUUAGGGCUGGGGGUUGGGGUGGUGUUCUUGCCUCCUUGCCUAAGGUAUGCUUUUAUGACAAGGGCCUUCGUGGCCUCCUUGUUGGCAUUCUGGUCCGGCCACAUUGCAUUCCUGUUUUCCACAGAGUGGGUUGUUCAUCUGUUUGGGAAUGUAUGGGUCUUUCUUCCUCUUCUCACCUGACUUCAGCUUGGGAGAUGUUGGUUGGUUUUCUGAUGUGGAUUCCCUCACUUGUCCCAGCCACAAAUACAGUUAACUGUGAAUCCUCCACUCUUCUCCCACGUUACUCCCUCCUCCAUGUCACCCCUCCCAUUCUCUAGGGUGUCAGUUCCCUUCUUCCAAGCCUCUGAAGGCUAAAGGUAUUACCUGUUACACUGAACAUUUCUUCACAUCUGAGCUUGAAAUCUAGGGAACAAGAAAAGGGGUGAGCUUUUUGCAUUCCUAUUUUUAUUGCAGUGGAGAAUAAAAUGGUAUAAUUCCCUUGAGAACUAAGGCUCUUGGGAAGACAGUGAGCCAAGCUCUCUAAACCCCAACAGGGCAAAGAUUUUUGCCUAAAAAGUAAAAUGAAAGACGUAUAUUCAACUUACAUGAAUUAUAUUCUGUGUUUAUAAACACGUUCGGGGUGGUUUCUUUUACUAAUCAAAAAGACCUACUGUGUAGUUCUAGGGCAGGAGAUGUGAAUGCAAGUUGUGCCCUGGGUUAUGCAGAAUUCAGAUGAGAGUCCCUACAGAAGUCAUCUUUUCUGUAACAGUCUGGUGACAUGUUCUUCAGCCUGGCCUAGGGUCACCAGGACACUGGGCAAUAUUCUGCUUGUGAACUCUUCCUAUUUUGAGUAGGGUAGAGAUGUCCUAACGAGAGAACAGAAAAUGAGAUGAGACUCUCUAGAUACAAACCUGUGUGCACACUUGCAACACACACACACACACACACACACACAUACACACACACACAAGCAACUGCAAUAUAAGCUUUACAGAUGGCUGCUUGCCUCCUCCCUGGGGCAGGCAGUGGUUUAAUCUAGAGGAGUUUGACCAAUGUUUCUUCAUGCAUCUACCAGUAUACCUCGCAAAAGAAUUUUCAGAAAUGUCCAUGAGCUGUUAAAAACUUCCGUUCGUGUUUCCCCAUCCGAUCUGUGCAGAGUUUCUGUGCGGAUCCCAAAAUGCGGACACAGGUUGUCUUUGGGGAGGGGGAAGCUCUGAAGUCCCUGGCCACGGUCAGUUCUGCAGAGAGCUGUCCCUCUCCUUCAGUUCAGGGUGAGGAGAUGUGGCCACAGGCAAGGCCUCCAUACCCUCAGCCUGCUUGGCUCACCCUCCAGCUGUGGUGGCCCCCUUCCUUCUGGAUUUGUCUCGUCUUUGAGGCCUUGUGGAAAUGUCAUUAACACUGAGCAUUUGCUGCCCCUUCCUGGUCCCACAGUCUGCCCUGUCCUCCCUCAGAUCCUCCCCUUGCCCCCAUGGUCUUGGUGCUAAGAUAACUUUUAGAAUCAUUGCUGCUAGCCAAUAGCUUUUCAUUAUAUAAAUAUAUAUUAUAUAUUAUUUUUGAAAUGUUUUUGUUUUCAACAGUGAUGUAGCAUGUUAAAACUAGAAACAAAGCAAAACAAACAAAAACUGGGUCCUUCCAACUGUCCCACUGCCAGGUCUCAUAUGCUGCCUUCUCCAACGAAUCUAUACACCCCUGCCUGGUGACCUUCAUCCUUGCCUGGUGACCUUCAUCCCUCACCUCACCCCAAUCCCCACCUUAACUUCCCCUCUCCUAUGAACAGGGAGAGUUAGCGGGAACUAGGGACAAAACCCCAAAGCCCCUUUUCGUGGCUUGGAUUUCCCCAGCCUUGUCCCACAUGCCACUCUGAGCUGGUAUCUCCUUCCACCUGUUCCUCCCACCGGGCCAAAGCCUAGCUGGGGUCCUAUUGGGUGCUGUUGUGAAGCACAAGGUCCCCCUUUGCCUGGCUUCUGCCUGGGGACCUCCUCUCCCUUCACAGACACUAACUGUGGUCUGGGAAGUUUUCAUUGACUAUCGUAGGGACUGAGGUAGGCCGAGGAUGGGGAUGGAUGGCAAUGGGCAGCCACAGUGGCCUGGGUCUUUCCUUCUUGCCAACAAUUGCCUUACACCUCUCUUCCCCAGUGUGUCCAGUGUGUGGGGCUUCCUCAUCUGCUAUGUGGGGUCCUGUCUAGGCAUGAGGUACCCUAGGCCAGUCAUGUGAAAUCAGGGCUCACUGUCCCCUCACAAGAGACCAUGACCCAAUGAUCUCAAGUCCCUCAGAGGUAAGGGUUUCUGCCAGCUUACACCACUGUGCUAGCUGAAUCCCACAGACAGCCUGGAGCCAGGGAACUGCCUUGGGGUCUAUAAGAAUGAGCUACUCCAGCAGCAAAUAGCUACAGGCAGUCACCUGUCCCUGUGUCCCCUACGGGGGGCUGCAGUGGUCACUGCCUCAGAGCCACUGAGAAGCUGUGCUCUCCAAGUCAUACAUUCAGCAAGGCACCUCUGAAUCCCUGGUUGCUCAUGGCUUGUGGCUUCUGUUGGAUUCUGCCAGGCAGGGCUGUGGCAGAUGCUCUAUAGGCCACUUUGCCUUGGGACAGUGAGUGACAGGGAACAAUGCACAUGAACCCUGCAGUUUUUGCUUAGCUUGGAUGCUUCCUGGGAGGGUCAAGGCUUCUGCCCUGUGAAUAUUGCUUGCGAUCUCUGUGAUUUUGGAACUAGGCAUUUCUCACACUUCCCCUUCUUGGAGAAGUGAUUGGACUGGCCCACCCCUCAGGUUUGGUCAGAGAAUCACACAACUGGCUUGCCUCAUACCUUGACUGGUUUAACAGACUGUGGAGAGGCAGUCUUUGCAUCCCAGAUGUGGUUGUGACUUAGAAUGAGCUAUGUCUCUGGGGCUGAGACUCAUCCUCUCUGGGCUGACCAACAGUGGUUUCUUUGGCUCAUGGAGAAGGUGGGUAGUGAGAUGGAAGCUUGUGGCCAUUGUGCAAGAAACCUUGCAGAGCCAUAAGAAACACAUGAUUAAAAUGUGCUUCCGAGUGGAAGGACACAAGACCAUUGCCAUUUAGUGCAUGUGAUGGGAGGACCACCUAGCUGCAUGGGCAACCCCCUGCCCUGUCAGAAUCCCUGCAGAGACAGGAGAGUUCAGGCAUCAGAAAUGGUACCCUUUUGUUUUUUUUAAUGCCUGCUUAUUCCAUCUGUUUCCCUCCAUCCUCACUAGGAAGGAGGGUAGACUGAGCUCCAGAACCUUGCAUAGCCAAAUUCCACAUGUAGCCCUUGGGUCUAUGGCACUUGGAGUCUUUGCCCUCUGCUCAUGUUCCUGCGUUGAGUUGUGUUGCUGAGCUUUCUCCUUGGCUUGCUCACAACAGCCCUCUGAUUUGGAGCAAGGCCCUUGGAGUGCCUUGGAGCACUGUUUAAGUGGUUUCAGUUUUCAUAGAGCUAAUGUUAAGAGGAGGACACAGGGGUAGGCAUGGAGAGGGUGAUCAUGGUAGUGGGGAGAUAGAAAUGGACUCAAAAUGUGACCUGGUCUGGGCCUGGGGACUGGCAUCUCAUUGCUGCCCACCUAGAGCCAGAUGGUAGCCAGGAGAGGCCUGAUGGGUUGAAGACUAACUUUUGUCUUCUAAAGUAUCCCUACAUUUUCCAUCAUGCCUCCUCAGGAACAGGAAUUCAGCAUCCCAGCCUGUUUUGGUUUUUGGUUUAUGGUUGGGUUCACUUCCGAGUCGAAUUUGUUUUGGGUUUUUUUGUUGUUUUUUUUUUCUUUUUGUAGCCCAUAUACCCCCAUUUUGGCAGAGGGCUCUAGGCACACUGGAACUCAUGCAUACUUUGGGGCCCUUGAAGAGGCUGUCUAGCCAGACUUGGCUGAACAAUUUAAACAAGUAGAUGGGGCCUCCAGAGGCAAGGAAGGAAGGCUUGGGGAGUAUCUGAGGUGGGAACACCCCUCCAGACACUGCCCUGGGUUCUGAUCUGAACCCUUCCUCCAAUCCUGGAGGAGACAGUGCAUCAGAUAUGCACAGCCUUGUAUUUGUUCUCUGUCAGUCAGGGUGAUGAGCUGUGACUUUAAGAGUCUUUGAAGUGAUCUUUGCAUUUUAGCCAGAGGGAGAAAAAGUGCCCUUUGGAGAGGAAAAUGGUACACCCCCCCUUCUACCUGGCACUCUCUCCCCCUGCCCAUACCUUCAGAUGGUAUCGCCCUAGAAAUACCUAUGCAAUCCAGUCUCCUUGGGAGACCAUGCAUGGAAGCAGGGGUGUGUUCAGUGUAUCAUACUAAUGCCAAGGCAUUUAGAUUGUAUAUAUGGGCAUAUACAAUACGUAUACACAGAGUAAGAGAUUAAAUCACGUCUAUAUAUCUAUAAAUAAUAUCCUAUAUAUUUAUAUAUUUCUAUGUUUUAAAUCGAUAUAAAAAAUAGAGUCUAUAGAGCUGGAAGGGCAGCAGGGAAGCCUGGUGCUGUCUUGUGCGAAGGGGUAAGAAAUAGGGCUUUGGAGGAGAGGUGGGUUGGGGAUGCUCAGCAGGCCAGGUUUACUGGCCACUGUGGGGCGCCCUCUGCUGGGGAGUUGGAGAGAAAGGUAGCUGGGUCCUGGCCUCUCCAAGCACUUUCUUUCUUUUCCCAUCUGCUCCUGCUGAGGUUGGAAGGAAAUACUCCUGGGCUCCAGCUGCAGCACCCGCUACCUCCCCUCAACCAUAAGCCUACACUUAACCACUCACUGCUGCUUGGUGUAGGGGGUUGGACUUGGUUCCUGACUUCUGGGGGAGGGACCACUGCACAAAUGCCCCAAUAUCCCCUCCUACCAAGAAUGAACAGCAUUGAUGGCAAUAGGAAGGGGGCACCUGGGAUCAUAAAUUGUCCAUAAAGAUAGCAUGCCCACCUCCCAAAUGCUGCCAGCCUCUGGAGGCCAAGCCUCUUGAGUACAGCCGUCCUGGCCUCCCUCACCCAUUCACCCACUGUUGCCAUGGCCCCAGGAGAUGAAGGGGCAGUGUGAGCAUUGCCAGGCAGCACUGUCCCCCACCCAGAGGCCCCACCAGAUGGGAAAGACAUAUUCGCACACUCAGAUACUUAAUGGCAACUCAAGUUCCAAAGCAGGGCCUUGGCCCCGCUGACUUUGCCCAGCUGCAGCUGCUGGCUGUACUCAGGACAACACUGUCCCCUCCUUCUGAGAGACCAGUGGCCUCACCCACCUCUGCUGUGACAACAGGUUAGGUUUAAUUCACAUACACUGUUCCUGUUCUGUGACUGGGCACCCAAGCCCAUGUACUUCCUCUGGGGAGGGCACCUUCCAUAGUUUGUCCCCAGCCCAGUCCCCCUGAGUGGGAAUGUCCUGGAGACUCCAGGGGCUCCUCUCAGGUGACAGCCUAUGGUAGCAUGGCAGAGGGCUUAUGCAGCCCAGACAGGAGUCAGAAGUCUGUGGCUCUGCUCCCAGCCUCUAUGUCAUUUCUUCUCCCCUGCAAGUAGAAGGGUUCUGACAGGCAUGGGAUGAUGGGGAACCAAGAGCAGGUACCUACCGUGCUCUCCUGACCAGCCUGACUUUGUGCUCCACAAACACACUCAUUUCCCACACAGAGCCUCUUUGGGCCCCUGUCCUGCUCUUCCUCACCAUCCUACCAACGGACCUCAGUCGCCAGCAGACCAGUCCUGUACCAUAGUCAGGACUGUGUCUGCUCUGUCAGUGCCCAUCUCCUUGAGCCACAGUCAGCUGCCAACCGGGCUGGAACAUGCUCUAGUGCCUGGCUCAGUUGAGUCCAGGCCAGACAGCCCAAGCCUUCCUCCCACCACAGUGGGUCAGCACCUGGCCAGGGGAUGGGCAUUCCCAGUAGUAAUCACACAAUGCACUGUACCUCAGAGAGAGAGAGAGCAUGCCACAGGGUAUUGAAGAGACUGGCCUCCAUACAGGGGGGCACAGCCACUCACAAUACUGCUCAUAGAUCACAAAGGCCGGGCUGCCCUGGGGCAUCCCUCAAUCUUCCCUUCGGUCUCCUGGGAAGAACCCGCAGUCUGAUUCCAUCGUUUUCAGCCCCAGGUCUCUCUCCUCUCCACUCCCCCCCCAUGCUGCUGAACCAUUUUCAUGUCAAUCACAAAGGAAAAAUAAAGUGGGGGUGGGGGAAAAUACCUAGGAGUCUAUUAUCACAUACAUAUUAAUAUGUUAAUACUUUCUUUCUUAAAAACAAAAGCCUCUAAAUGUUAUUAUUUUGCAGACUACGCUUUAUAGUACCUGUGUGACGGGCGCUAGAACACUGGAUACAGAUAGAGCUAUGUUGGUUUAUCAUAAUCUGUAUGCAGAAUCUUUCC